CCCCGCUCCCGGUCCCCGCCGUCCCUGGGGGGCCCGGGCGCAGGGACCCCCCUGGCCAGCCUGAGGCUCUGCUCCUACGGCCUCUCGGGGCUGGGCGCGGCCGCCAUGCUGCUGGGCUUCCUGGGCUGCCUGGGCGCCCUCAAGGAGCUGCGGGCCAUGCUGGGCUUGUAUUUCGGGUUCCUGCUGCUGCUCCUCACCGCCCAGGUCACCGUGGCCGUCAUCGUGUACACGCAGCGUGCGGCUCUGGCUGCCCAGGUGGCCGCCUACGCCGAGCAGCUGAUCCGGGGGUACCCGGCCCGGGGCCCACCCGGGGACCCCCAGGAGAGCUGGGAUGCCGUCCAGCACCAGCUCGGCUGCUGUGGCUGGACGGGACCCCAGGACUGGGAGCAGCAGGGUGACACCGGCGGGGACAUCGCCUGCUCCUGCCUGCGGGCACCCAACAGCACCCAGGGGACCCCCUGGGUGCUCCCCCGCGGCCGCUGCCCCGCCGCUGCCCCCCAGGACAUCUUCCCCACGCUCUCCCUGCUGAUGCUGUCGAUGUUCCUGCUCCGCAACCUGGACUCCCGCUACGAGAAGCUGCUGCGGGGGCUCUGAGGGGGCCGGGGUGGUGCGGGGCGGGGGCUUUUUCCUUUUUUCCUUCAAUAAAAGCCGUUGGCAAGCCGCGGAA